AUGCCUGUACCAUACAUUUGGCUAUCCAGAUCAGUGUUUACUACCUUCUCCAGCUUUCUGGAUGCUUCUAUUAUACUAGAACAGGGAGAAUCCUACGAAUUCAAUAUCUGGACCAGGGAAGCUGGAACUCUGGCCGUGUCGGUGGAGGGUCCUAGCAAGACGCAGAUCGACUUCAAGGAUCGCAAAGAUGACAGUUGCUAUCCCGACAAACCAGUAACAUUCCUCGUUCGCAAAAAUGGCGCCAGGGGUGAACUAAACGCGAAGAUCGUAUCACCAAACGUAGUAGAGGAUGAUUGUUUCAUUGAGUCCAUCGACACCGACACGUACUCCGUGCGAUUUAUGGUGCGAGAAAAUGGCAUUCAUAAUAUUCACAUGAAGUUCAAUGGUGUUCACAUAACUGGCAGUCCCUUCCGUAUCAAAGUGGGAAAAGUCGAUGCCGAUCCAGCCGCAAUAAACGCCUAUGGAAACAGUUUGAAGGAAAUCAAAACUGGCCAGAAAACGGACUUUAUCAUCGACACUUGUAACGCCGGAAGUGGAGCACUUAAUGUGACCAUAGACGACUCAAGUAAAGUUGCGAUGGAAGUUGAAGAGGAUUAUAAAAUCAGGUACACGCCUUUGGUACCUGGUGAUUAUUACAUCAGUAUCAAGUAUAAUGGAUACCACAUCGUUGGUUCACCGUUCAAGGUUCCAUGUACUGGUCAGGAUCUAGCAGAAAGAGGCGCACAAGAAUCAAGUCCUCGUCGAAACUGUUCAAAAAGUUUCAAAGUCGAAACAAACCGGGCCAAUUUUACCCCUGCUCAAAUCUGA